CGUUGGCUGCCGGCGGCGCCGCCAGUGAGGCUGCGCUGAGGCUGCGGGGCCGGAUGGCCGAGCCGCCCGCCCCGCUCACUCGGGCGGCGGCCGGCGGCGGGCGAGGAGCCGCGCAGAGCCCUCGGCGCCGGGCGAGGCGAGGCGGCACGCAGCGCCAUGGUGUCAUGGAUCAUCUCCCGGCUCGUGGUGCUGAUAUUUGGCACUCUUUACCCUGCGUAUUAUUCUUACAAAGCCGUGAAAUCAAAGGACAUCAAAGAAUAUGUCAAAUGGAUGAUGUACUGGAUCAUAUUUGCGCUGUUCACAACAGCAGAGACGUUCACGGAUAUCUUUCUUUGCUGGUUUCCAUUCUACUAUGAACUCAAAAUAGCUUUUGUAGCUUGGCUGCUCUCUCCAUACACAAAAGGUUCCAGCCUCCUGUACAGAAAAUUUGUUCACCCAACACUGUCUUCAAAAGAAAAGGAGAUUGAUGACUGCCUCGUCCAGGCGAAAGAUCGGAGUUACGAUGCCCUCGUGCACUUCGGGAAGCGGGGGCUGAACGUCGCGGCCACAGCAGCCGUCAUGGCGGCUUCCAAGGGACAAGGGGCUCUGUCCGAGAGACUAAGGAGCUUUAGCAUGCAGGAUCUCUCGACGAUUCGUGGAGACAGCAGCAGCACUGUUCCUCCCUCGGUCACUGUACGAACAAGUAGCAAACAGAGCCAGCCAAAAACAUCCAGAAGUGCAUCGGAAGGCACUGGCAGCUCAGUGUGCACGUGUUGUGCAGUAUGCCGACUCCUCAGAGAUGUGGACAAUAAGUAUGAAAAGCCACGUGAGGCAAACUGUGAAACAAAAGGCUUUGUGUUCUCAGACGAUGAAGAGAACGAUUUAUUGGAUUGUGCAUCCAUGAACAAAAAGCCCAAAAGGAAGGAUCAGCCCCUGGAGGCACCGCCUAGGACCCUUAGACCUCGCUUCAGGAAGAAAAGUACCUCGUCCUCUGCCACUGAAACAAUGUGAGUGCAAUGAGCCAAUAGCACCAAGAUCCACAGAAUGUCUCUCUUCUGCCUUAAAGAGCUACGUGUUAAUAAUGUAGAAAACAGCAGCGGGAUGGAUGUGCUUUGAUGUACAGCAUUGUAGACAUGGCCUUUCUCUCUCCUGUCUCUGUAUUCUUCUGUUAAACGCUUCUACACGCAUUUGUCUGCAACAUGGUUAGGACAAUCUGACAGGCCCCUGCAGAUACGAGUCCUUGUUUCGUUCGCAGAAUAUACACCCGCUCACGCUACUCCUGUAAGGCUGUACAUUUAUAAUUCUUAUUUGUGUCCGCAUAGCUCUAGCUCUGUGAAUGCACAGUAAAAACAAAACUAAUCAAUUGUUCAUGAUGAUACAUUGACCGUGUACUUAUUUAUGGCUUUAUCAUUAAUGAAGUGGAUUUGCAGAAGCCAUGGCUUUCUCUUCCCUCCCUUCCUCCUCAAGACUGUGAAUGAUAUAGCAAAUGUUGAAAUAUUUUGACUGUACAAAAUGCCCAUGAUUCAUUAGUAAAAGCUGAGCUGCAACUCCAUUUCUCUUUCUGCAAAUCAAUCACAUGUAUUCUGAGAGAACCACUGUACUAAAAAUGUAGAGACAGAACCACUUAGAGAGGAUGAGGAAGAGAUGCGCAAGAUAAAAUUAAUGGUUUCAACAAAGUAAUGAAGGGGGAGUCUUAAUUUUGAUCAGCCUGAGCCAAGAGAGUAUUGUGUGGAAAAUGAUGGAGGCUAGAACCAGGUCGUAUUGCUUGUCGCAAAUGUUCUACUGCCAGUUUUAAAGUGUGAGCAAGCCAGGCUCGUAAUUGCUGCAGCAACAGAAUUUAGAAUGAUUUUAGUGACUUAUUUCCAGGGGAAAAACGCACCUUUCUCCCCGGCGUGUAACAACGUCAGCUCCAGUGUUCUGCUUUCCUGGUGUGGUGCUGGAUUUCUACUUACACGAGCAGAGCGGGGCACUGGGGCCGAGCUUCCUUUUUAGGCCUGCAGUUUUUGCCUGUAGCAUGGAGUUUGGUUAGAAUCACCAGAACCAGACUGAAUGGUGUAUUUGUAUCCAUAUAUAAAUGAGAAACAUAAAAGAAGAGGAAGACGUUGUAGGAUUUGUGUAUUUGUGCUUCAAGUUGGUGUCUCUUGUAAGUGUUAAGCAUGUGAAGUUCACACAUAAGUUAAUUACGUGACUCUCUGUGUUUGCUCUCGGACCUAUCUCAUAGACUAGAAAAACAUUUAGCAUUAUGUAGAAGUGCCAUCACUAAUGGAUCAAUACACGGACUUGAUUAGGAAUAGUACUGUUAAUCGUGUGCAGGUGCAGCAGACCAGGAUGCCAGUAGCCGGUUGGAGUGUAUCAGGCUCAGAAAUAAAUCUGAAGUGGCCUUUAAAAGCUCUUCUCUGCCGGAUAUGCAUCCGUAUCCCAGCUGUCCCGUUCUGAUGCAUCCUCGAGGGUCUCCCCAGAGCUUCCAGAGUAUGUGGGGAAGAGAGAGAUAAACUAUGCGCGCACACAAACGUUUAUCUGACCUGGCUAGGAAGUGGAAAAAACAAGCAGGUAUUUCCUGUGUCUGCCACAAUAUUUGGCCCCAUUACCUGAGAAUUUUAUUUCCUUUUCAUGUGCUAGUUCAAUCAUAUUUUGAAAUGGGUAAGAAGGAAACAGUUUUCAGAAGGUAAACUGAAAACAAAAUCUGUCUAAAUAGCAGUUACAAAAGAGUCAGUCCUUAGAAGAUACACAGCAAAAGCUUUGAGGAGCUAACCUUGCGUGUUUUAUUUUUAAGCAGCUUUAGAGUUUAUUUGAUUUCUUUUGGCAAACAUUAAAAAGAAAUAGAAAAACUGCUUGCAGUGUUAGCAGAAAAUAAAAUCCUGUUGCAAGCAAGCUGUUUGUCUGCUAUGCAAUAGGCUGCCAUAAGAUUAAAAAAAAGCUGACAAGUUUGCACUCAAUAAUGCCAAAAAAAACCCCAUAGAGCUACAUAACAUCUGACAAAUUCUAUUCUCAGACACGCUGUAUUAACAUUGAUUCUAAAAUUAUUAAAUGUGCGUCUAAUCUGCUGUUUUACUGUAAACUUGACUGUUUAGAUUUUCUUAAGUGCUGAGGUGAAAUUGUUGACAAGGGAGUUGCCUUAUAUCUCUCAAAACAUUCACUGUAUAAAUGAGAAAAAAAAAGACUUUUCAUAUCUCUGGCAAAAAUGUAUUAAUUUAUCAACUGAGCUGUAUAUUUGUGUAUAGAUAGGUAGACAGGAAAUGUGAAUGCCUAAACACGUACACUUAGUGCUGUAGUGUUCUGUAUACAGAAUAGAGUGGUCAUUCGCUUUUAAUUCGUCAUAUUCCACACAGAGGUUGUUUACAGAUGUUGCCCCAAGUUUGUCAUUUUACUACUUGGCUAUUGCAUUUAUUUAAAAUAAACACCAGACAUGAAGUUUUUUUGUUCCAGUUUUUCUUUAGUCUCUGUCAGGGAACGAGCCUGAUUCAGCGAGUCGUGUUCCUACUCUGAUGCUGACCCCUCGUGGCAAGCCAGAGUUUGCAAAACUCGAUCAGAUAGAGGAGAGGAUUCACGGGUGGCCAUGGGAAAGCACUGCUCAGCUUCCUCACACCUCGGGCUGUGACGGUUGGCUCUGCAGCUUGCAGAUUACUCCCUCCUCCUCAAAGCACGCAAUCGCUCCGCUGAUGGCUUAGAAUAGCUACAGAUCUGGGAUUCCCGGGGUUAAGAAAAGCCUGUUCAUAGAGGCCAUCGGGCAGCUGGCCUCUACAAUCAUUCCUGCAGAGCAGGCACCACCUUCCCACUUCUCAGCAGAAGGCCUGGAACACAUAACCUUAAGAGUUAUAGGUCAGCCUGAGAAAAGACAACCUUAAAUCAGGGUAAGGGUGGUCUCAUGUGAAACAUUCAUUAUUGCAUGCAAGGAAAAUUGAGGCUUUGAAGGUACAGAAACUGCAGCUGAAGACAUUCUAUGGUAAACGGGCCUGUAAGUUACCUCACCACGAUACCAUAAACUCACCUCAAUUAUAAACAGAAUAAACUUGGAGCAGCUCAGUGCAAUCCUCCAUGACCCCUUUCUCCUCUUGGGGCCAGCAUCAGUGCAGUUGCAGUGGUUGCCAACUGCUGAAUCAGGGUCAUGCCAAAUAAAGACAAGAAAGACUUCAUGUCUAAUCACUUGAAAUAAUGCCAUAUCAAUCUAAAUUGUGUAAGUGCAAACCCAGCACAAAAGGAAAGGAAAAUCAGGUUAUUUGUUCCUAAAGGGAGGGAAGAAAGCUGCUUAGAGAGGUAUAACGCUCCUUAGCCUUGUGUAAACAACCUGCUGCCUCUGACUGCUCUCUGAAAUGUGUUCUCCUGUAGUAAUGACAUCUAUGUACUUGUGACUGAACGCUCGUUAAUCACCGUCUCCUUUUUGCUGUCUGUUCUGGGUACCAGUUUUGCAUCUAGCACCAUAUUUGAAGUAGCAGAGAACACCAUGUUGGGAUUUGCAUUUAUACAAACUAUUUAAGAAUCAUAACUGUGCACUUCAUGUGAUUUCUUUCUGUAAUCAGUAGAAAAGAUCUGUGAUGAAACAGUACACUUAAUGCCUCACCAGGAUGGACAUUACAACAGUAUUCCAAAGGUUGAUGUUUUGCUGGUUUUGUUAUACUGCUCAAUAUACAUCUUGAAUAAAGUCUUAAUCUUUUCUUUUAAAAAAUAAAGAAAACAUCUUUAUUCUGUUCAAUGUAUCUGGCAGGCCAGAAUAAUUACUUUUAUUGCUGUAUUAUUUUUAAUCUCGAUUCUGGCUAACUGUAUAUAGAUGUAUUCACUAAGUGCUGCAUGUCCUUCAGAACUUUUCUCUGUACUACGAACUGGAAAAAAUACAGCUACUGAACACUCUGA